UUUAAUUUUGAUUCUAAUUACGAGCAUUCAACUCACAGGGAUGGCAAUCAAUGACCCCUGCCAUAGGGGCUGAUGUGAAUCCUGUCAAACAUGCAUGCGUGGCAUACAAAUCUGCAGAAUCUGAGGACAGGGAAUGGAGAGAUGGGCCUGUCCACUGCUAUUCCAAUCCCAUCCUGGGAGGGCACUGUGGCACAAGCAAAACACUACAGGGACACAUGAAAGGUCUCCUGCUGGCACAGACGAUGCUCAGUCGCCAAGCAACCAAGAAGCGGCAAGCUCAGCAGAGGUGCUUUAGGGAAAGUCGAGGGAAACAGAAGAGGGUGUACACCUCUUAUCUGGAAGGAGAUGAGAUGGAAGGAGGACAGAGGGUUCGGCUUGUGUCCAGGCCAAUGCAACAAAACAUCUUCUGGGAUGAGUCUGAAGGAUGGAUUCUGGAUGUAAGGGAGCUGCUGCAGCCAAGUCCACAGUUGACAGACCCAAACGUGGGAGACACGAGUGACAAACCACUAAUGGAAAAUGGAAUUCCGUCAGACGUAGAAGACCAGAAAAGUAGAGGUCUGGGGAAGGAAUGUUGUCAUAAGAACUGCCUGAACUCUCGAAGGAGUAGAACAGAUCUGGACAGUGGUUUGACAGAAACUGUGCAAAGGCCUUGCAAUGCAAAUGUGAAGUUACCUUGGCAUACUGAAAAACGAGUAUGGACAUUACUCUGA